GGAGCCUCGGAUCGAUGAGGAGUCAGAGAUCGUGCGCCCUGAUCCAGAAAUUACUUCAUUGUUGACGCAAAAACAAAAUCAUCGAUUAGAGGCCAUUUGGAAUGGUGAGGUGAAACAUCUAGUUCUAACAACCUCAUUAAUUUUUACGUUGUCUUUGACUUUUAGCAAGUUCUUUCAAAGUUUUAUAUCCAGUUCUAACAAGCGCUAUAUUUUUUAUCAAUUUUACAAGACCCGAGCCCACUUACGUGCCGUGGUCGCUCUAAGGAGAUGGCAAACAUAACGAUGCAAGAUAAUCAGGUGAUUGACAUUAUCAAGUUGGUAGGGCUAGAAGGAUUGUUUAGGGCCCCUUCCAAAGAGAUAGAUCAUUGCCUAAUAUCGGCCCUAGUUAAGUGAUGGCGGCUAGAGACUCAUAUGUUCCAUCUUCCACAUGGUGAGACGUCGAUCACCCUAGAAGUAUGGGACUUCCUAUAGAUGGUGAGGUGUUGGUUGGGCCGACUGCUUUGGAGGAUGGGGAUUGGAGGCAACUGUGUGUGGAGUUUCUUGGUUUUGGGGUUCCAAUGAAUGACAACAAAACUUUGGUGGGGCAAAGAAUUCUCAUCAGCCGCUUUGUUGAGCGCAUUGCAGAGCCACUGCCUCAUGAUGCAAUGGAGAUUCAGAUACAUCAGUAUGCCUAGUGCUAUAUUUUAGUGCUACUAGGGGAUAACAUUUUCAUGGACAAGUCGGGAGAUAGGGUGCAUUUAAUGUUCUUGGAGUUCAUGUGGAACCUUCGUGAUCCGCCAUAGUAUAGUUGGGGUAAUGGUUACCUGGCAUGGUUGUACAGAGAUUUGUGCCAGGCAAGCCAAAAAGAGGCAUCGCAGAUUGAUGGGGCAUUGCAAUUGGUCUAGUAUUAGGCAUGGACGAGGUUGCCAUUCUUGUGCCCGAGGAUAGAGCCCCCACCUGGAUCUGAUUAUGGCCCAUGGCUAAAAGCUCCACUUGCAUUAUGUGGGUGCAGAUGCCAAGCCCGAAGAGUAGGCCAUCCGGCAUGGUGUUGAUCCACUAUCGCGAGCAAUUAGUUAGAAUGCAGUCGGGCCAGAUUAUGUGGCAGCCAUAUGAGGCAGACUUAGGCCGCCUUCUUGCCUUCUGCGUUGUAGGGAGGGAUACGUGGACGGCGAGGGUGCCACUUGUGUGUUUUUGCAUAGUAGAGACACACCACUCAGACCGUGUCCUUCGACAGUUUGGGUUGGCGUAGGAGUGGCCUGACCAUUUUGUGUACGAUGAUAGACUGCAUAUAAUAGACUUGCGUUGGAAGGUAGAAAAAAAUUGGAGGGAGGAGCAUGGAUCGUAUAUCCUUACAUGGGAUAUGAGACAACAACGUCUUUGCCAUGCACCUCCUCAGAUUGAUGAGAUGCCCUGUGAUCAUGCCUAUACCGCUGGUACCAUCCGGUCACUCGAAAGAUUAGGACAAGUUGAAGAGGCAUGGUUUGAUUUAGCUGCAAUUCUGGAGUCUGACUGUGAUGAAGAUUACCAAAGUGUUGCAAAUGAUUUGUUAUCUCUGAACGGCUUUGAAGGUGCAUCCGUAUCAAGUAUUCCAUCUCUGAGAGAUGCCAAUCAUUUGGACCAUAAUCUCAAUAACCAUCAUGCCUAUUCCACCAAUCAUAUACAGAAACCGGGGGAUUUGUCAACAGGGAAUUCUGCACUCAACUCUGUUAAUGAGGUUUCUAGAUGUGAUGGACCUUCAAAUGAAGCAAACCAUCCGGUGUACCUUGAUGAAGUCUCCUCAUCUGUGGAUGGAAGUCCUGGCAAGGAAGCAGGAGUAUUAGAUAACUGUGGGAUUCUCCCAAGCAACUGCUUAACUUGUCUUGCAUCCACUGUUCCUUCAGUUGAAAAGAGAAGAUCAUUAAGUUCUAGUCCGCCAAGUUCAAGAAAAAAGGCUUCCUCAAAGCUUUCCUUCAAAUGGAAAGAUGGAAAUGUGAAUGGCCCUCUAUUUUCCUCGAAGAUGCUUCUGGAAAGGCCAAUAGCAGGUUCCCAAGUACCUUUUUGUCCAAUAGAUAAUAAAAUGCUUGAUUGUUGGUCACAUAUUGAGCCAAGUACUUUCAAAGUUCGAGCUGUAAAUUAUUUUAGGUAAGAC